AUGGAGCGACACGUCCAGCUGGCUCAGAAGCUCCAUCCACGCCUUUUGCGUUUCUUUACCAAGUUUCCACCGCCGCAGAUCUCCGCAGCUUCGCGAAUGGCCACAGCGCAGAGCAGCCCAGCGGAAACAGCGACAGCAAGUGUGACCACCACCUCGACGACAUCCUCCUCCGAUCCCAACAUUGGCGCUGCUUCAACAACAGUCUCUCUUUCACCUUCCGAAUCGGACACCGCACAUUCAGCCACGGAACUGAAGUCGUCACGAAAUCCUUUCCUCCCACACAAAAACCCACGUACAGGCAUCUGGCACGGACCCGCCAUAUCCCUCAGACGGCAAGCGGAGCUAUUCAAGCUGGCAUCAGAAUACAAGGUCCUACCGCUGAUGCCUGUCUCGCUAAAGCACCCAGAGAUCAGAGAGCAGAAGCGAAUUGAGAACGGUCUACGAGUGCAGGGUACARGUGUGGGCAAGAAGGUCAAGGGAAAGCUUUGGGAAAGGCAACUGAGAGGUAAAUUGGAAGAGAGGAGGAAGGCGAUGGAAAACAUGCCCGAGAUGAUCCGCGAAUGGAAGGAGCGGGGACAUGGACGUGGAUGGAAGAAGUGGCCGAAAUAA